AUGGCGAGACGAUCCAAGUUGCAGAGGGGCCGGCCGACCCCGGUACCCUCGGCCUACCCCACACCUAUCAGUUCGGCAUACCCUACGCCCCUGAGCUCGGCGUACCCAUCGGCUUGCCCUUCGGAAGAUGAAGGCGACGUGGUCGCCGUGGUGAAGCCGCGAAAGAAGCCGGCCGUUCCUUUCCGGUUCCUUGACCUGCCGGCUGAGCUCCGACUCCGCAUAUACGGAUACCACUUUGCCGAAUGUGGCAACGUUGUCGACCUUGAUCCGGACAACUACAAGCGGAUCCACCGAAGACUGGCUCUCUUGCGGACUUGUCGCCAAGUCUACUACGAGGCCUCGACCUUCUUCUACAGCAGCAGCACUUUCCGCGUCUUCCCGACCCAUCCCGGUCGGUUUUUCAAGACCAAGAAGCCGUUGCUGGCCAGGCUCUCGCCCUUUCAGCGCGCUUCCCUGACGACCCUGGAACUCCGGCUCGGACCUGGCUGGAAUAGGCCACCCCGUGGUUGGGUCGUGAACGAAGCCCUCGGGCUUCGCGAUUGCGUGCAGAUUCGGAAGCUCAAAGUCUUUGUCGAGUGCGACCCCAGCGAUACCAUUUUCAAUGGGUUCCGCCGUGCCGACGGAUUCUACGAAGAUUUUUCACGCAACCUGUUGCAGGACAUUCUCAAAGAGCUGCCCUCUCUCGAGGUGCUCGAGUUUGACGCCUGGGAGAGCAGUAGCAUUGCGGCUCGUCCGCACGAGCCCCGUUCGGGCGUCCCCCAUCUUCGCAGUCUACGCCGCGCGUCCACGCACAUUUACGUGGACACGCACGCUGGCGAACACCGAACCUCCCGGAACCCGAACGACGUCCCCGAGCCCAAUUCAUCGAAAAAGCCCUCGGAUGUCGGUGAAGAAGCGUCGGAGAGUUCCCAGGCCGAUGCGAACGCGGCCGAAUCGGAGACCAAACCCAACUUCCCGCUGCCGGAUCUGACGCAGGGCAUCCCGUCGACCUUUGAAUUCGAGGCGGCGCAGGCCGCCGCCGCCGGCCGAUCCUCGCUCACGGCGGCCCACGGCGGCGAGGGCGGCAAGCGAGAGCUCCCAGACUCGGCGUACGUCUCGUCGUCGGAUAGGAAACGGCAGAGCUUCGCCAAGUGGUCAUUCAUCUCGGCGCUGGCGGGCAUGGUGGGCGCGGUGGCGUACCUGGGCCGAAACUGGGAGGAUGCCGACGAGGAGCGGCGGCACCCGGACGCGCCGAACGGGUGGAACCCGGCGGCGUGGUGGAAGCGGGCGAGCGCGCGGUCGAACACGAUGGUGACGUAUUUUAGCGAGCCGGCGUUCGAGACGUUGUUGCCGAAGCUGGAUCCGAUGCUGGAGAAGCCGUACACGUUGUGUAUUAGCUUGGAGGAUAUGCUGGUGCAUAGCGACCAGUAUUAUGAGCUGGUGCUGUUUACGAGCAUUCCGUCUGCUGUGGCGCUGCCGGUGAUUCAGAAGCUGGAUCCGUUUCAGAUGAUUAUGUUUCCUUUGUUCCGGGAGGCUACCAAGUAUAAGGAUGGCGAGUUUGUCAAGGAUCUCUCCUAUCUCAACCGUGAUCUUUCCAAGGUCAUCAUUCUCGACACCAGCCCGGCCCACGUCAGCGCCCAGCCCGAGAACGCCAUCAUUCUCCCCAAGUGGACCGGCGACAAGCACAACACCGAUCUCGUCUCGCUGAUCCCCUUCCUCGAAUACAUCCACACCAUGCAGUACGACGACGUGCGCAAGGUGCUCAAGUCGUUCGAGGGCCAGCACAUCCCCACCGAGUUUGCCCGUCGCGAGGCCAUUGCCCGCGCCGAGUUCCAGAAGAGGAUCAAGGACCAGAAGACGAGCCGCUCGACGGGCCAUGAUGGUGUCCCCGACGGCGAGCCGAACCUGAGCGAGGCCUACGCGCAAGGCAAGAUGAUUCAGGACAUUGCGCGCGAGAGGGGCCAGCGCUACGUCGAGGCCCUCGAGAAGGAUAUUCGCGAAAAUGGCGAGCGGUACCUCAAGGAGCAGCAGGCGAUGAUGGAGCAGCAGCAGCAGGAGAUGAUGAAUAGCAUGAUGGGUUCUUUCUCGACUAUGUUUGUGGAGAAGAAGGAGGGCGAGGAGGAGCCUAAGAAGGCUUGA